GUUUCUAUAAGUGCGACGACAUUCAUUUCAUCUUCCCUCUCUCUCUCUCUACUCUUGCAUAGCAGAACGGAGCUCACUCUCUCUCUUUUGUCCCUCUGCUUUUCUAUUUCCGCUGUCUGCAACCCAGAAACUCACAAAACGCCCUUCACACUGUCCUCCAUCUCUCCCCCUCUCUCUCGCCGAGCCACCUCGAAGCUGAAAGCUCCGGCCAAAGCCAAGGCUCUCAGGGUGUCUGUCUCUCCGGUGAUGGGUUGAUUCUUGAUCCUCACUACGCUCCCUUCAAGCAUUGACCUUUCUUCCUUCUUCCCAAAGUCCCUCCAUUUCCACCCGAGAAAGCUUCCCUGCUGAAGACACCGGCGACCCAGCUGAGCGGGCUUCACCGGCAUUUAGUCACUUCGCUCUUCAAAACCCAAGAACAGGGGAAAGAAACAGAGAGCCUCCGGAGAUGAUUACGGCGACGGACCUGUACCACGUGCUGACGGCGGUGGUGCCCCUGUACGUGGCCAUGAUCCUGGCCUACGGCUCCGUCAAGUGGUGGAAGAUCUUCAGCCCCGACCAAUGCUCCGGGAUCAACCGCUUCGUGGCCCUCUUCGCCGUCCCCCUCCUCUCCUUCCACUUCAUCGCCGCCAACAACCCCUACGCCAUGAACUACCGCUUCAUCGCCGCCGACACCCUCCAGAAGCUCAUCGUCCUCGCCGUCCUCACUGUCUGGUCCCGCGCCAGCCGCCGCGGCUCCCUGGAGUGGUCCAUCACCCUGUUCUCCCUCUCCACCCUCCCCAACACCCUCGUCAUGGGCAUUCCCUUACUGAAAGGCAUGUACGGCACCGACUCCGGGAGCCUCAUGGUCCAGAUCGUCGUCCUCCAGUGCAUCAUCUGGUACACCCUCAUGCUCUUCCUGUUCGAGUACAGGGGCGCGAGGCUCCUCAUCGCCGAACAAUUCCCCGACACCGCCGCCUCCAUCAUCUCCUUCCGCGUCGACUCCGACAUCAUCUCCCUCGACGGCAAGGAGCCCCUCCAGACCGAGGCCGCGGUCGGCGACGACGGCAAGCUCCACGUCACCGUCCGCAAGUCCACCAGCUCCCGCUCCGAGGUCUUCUCCCGCCGCUCCCACGGCCCCAACUCGGGCCUCUCCCUCACCCCGAGGCCGUCGAACCUGACCAAUGCCGAGAUUUACUCCCUCCAGUCGUCGCGGAACCCGACGCCGAGGGGGUCGAGCUUCAACCACACCGACUUCUACUCCAUGGUGAACUGCAAGGGCAUGAGCGGCGUUAGCCCGAGGCAGUCCAACUUCGGGGGCCUGGGCUUCGACGAGGAGACCGGGGUCGCUCCGGUGUACGGGAACGGGGCGAGGGCCAAUGGCGGUGGAGCGUACCCCGCGCCGCCAAAUGCCGGGAUUUUCUCGCCCGUGGCGGCGGCCGCAAAGAAGAAGGGAGGCGAUGGGAAGGACCUGCACAUGUUCGUUUGGAGCUCCAGCGCCUCGCCGGUGUCGGAGGGCGGCCUUCACGUCUUCCGAGGCGGGGGCGAUUACGGGAAUGAGCUCGGCGUUGGUGGUGGGGGUGGGGUGGCUCACCAGAAAGAUUACGACGAGUUUGGGAGGGACGAGUUCAGUUUUGGGAACAGGCAGGUCCCAAAUGGGGUCGAUCGUGAUGGGCCGGUGCUGUCCAAACUGGGGUCGAGCUCCACGGCGGAGCUCCAUCCGAAGGCGGCUGUGGACGGCGAGGCCAAGCCGACUUCCAUGCCUCCAGCCAGCGUGAUGACCAGGCUCAUCCUCAUCAUGGUGUGGAGGAAACUCAUCAGGAACCCCAACACAUACUCCAGUCUCUUUGGCCUCACUUGGUCCUUGGUUUCGUUCAAGUGGAAUUUGGUUAUGCCAGCGAUAAUUGCAAAGUCGAUUUCUAUAUUGUCAGAUGCAGGUCUUGGAAUGGCAAUGUUCAGUCUUGGUUUGUUCAUGGCAUUACAACCGAGGAUAAUCGCUUGUGGGAGCUCGGUAGCGGCCUUUUCGAUGGCCGUGCGGUUUCUCACUGGUCCGGCUGUCAUGGCGGCCGCAUCUAUUGCCGUUGGUCUACGAGGUGUCCUGUUACACAUAGCCAUCGUGCAGGCUGCUCUUCCCCAAGGGAUUGUGCCCUUCGUAUUUGCUAAGGAGUAUAAUGUUCAUCCGGACAUUCUAAGCACAGGGGUUAUCUUUGGGAUGCUAAUUGCUCUUCCCAUCACUCUGGUCUACUACAUCUUGCUGGGACUGUGAAAACACUGGAGCAAAAAGCUCUCCAAUUGAAAUGGACUCGAGCUAAAAGGAAAUGCCUCCAUAUUGACUGGGUUUUCUAUUUCUUUUUUUUUGUGGCUUUGCCCUUCUCAUCUAAACCAGAAGAAAGAAAACAUCGGAGAAGAAUCCAAGGAGGAGAAAGACAGUUGACAGAGUAAAAGGAGGUGGUCUUUUUGCAGAGCAAAGAGGGACGAGUUCAUUGGGCAUCAUUAGGCCUAGGACUAAUUUUCUUUUGGGUCCUUUUUGUUGUUCUCGACUUGAAAUCCCUCUCUGAUCUUUUUGGUGAACUCGGGCUGUGUUCUUUUUGAUGAAGAAAGUGAAGAUUGUUCAUGGUCGGGGCUCAA